AGAAUUGCGAGACGUUUAGUUUCCCAUUAUUAUCCCCGAAAACGUUGGACUUUGGACCAAGUUGGGGGAGAUAGAAACUUUAUUCAAAACUAGCCGCCCGUUUUGGGGCAGCGUUAUAGAUGAGCAAGCAGCCCUCGUUCGUGUCGCGCAACCUGGUGGCCGUCGUGAUGAUCCCCAGUCUGGUGGGGAUCCAUCUGGGCUGGAGCUACAUGCAGAGCAACCGAAAACUGGUCACGGAGGCGGAACAGAUCGAGAUGCCGCCGGUCACGUUUGCCAGGUUUGUGUGGAACAAGCUAACGGGCGCAGGAAGUUCGACGGAAUGACAAACCCUCUGGUGAUGAGCUUAAGACAUACAAUCUAUUUAUUGUAUAGAAUAAUUAAAACUACAUGCAAACUGU